AUGGGUCGGUUUAGACAGUCCAAGCAGCAUGAUCCUCAAUGGUCCCAAUACCGAGACACACGGCCAGUCGCUUUGCCGCCAAAAGUCUCCCAUCAGAGGCAGAAGCCAUCUAAGGAGGAUCCCAACGACUCAGACGUCACUGCACAUUCUCCCGCGUCAACCACGUCGUCCAGCCCCCUACCGACACCUCCCGACUCCCCUCGCGCGCGACUUUCCUCUCCCAGCUCGGUCGAGGAAAGUGCAUCCGCGCCCCAGCAACAACGAGAGGAAUCAUCUCUCCCCGAGAGUACAAUUACACCUGCAUUAACCUCUCAUACUAACGACGACAAUCGAGCGAUCUCGAGUACAAGUACAAACGCACAGCCAGCUGUAUUACCGGAACCGGAAACAGAUGCAACGCCACUGGCAGUGGACCAAAAGGGAAAGACAAUCGAACGAGUGCCACUGCCGUCAACUGCCGAGGUACAAAACACCGCCAAACCGGUCCAAAAGCUCCCCAGUGCGACAGCUUCGACGUCCACCAACGCGUCGAAUGCGAGCCGGGUCAACGGGGACAAGAUCAACACGACAACCAACGCGUCUCCUGCCGUCGCCGCCACACGCCCAGCCGACGCACCAUACCAAACGCCUCAGGGUUGGAUGAUACCAACGCGUCCUAUCACACCCGCAAAGAGCGUUUCUGAACGUAAUGCGGCUGUGGCGAACACCGUGAAGUCAUAUGUGGCGCCACCAGCAACGCGCUCAUUGAAUGCCACAGGCUCCUGGACCAUCGCAGCCUUCCUCCGGUACAUCCCAGGCCUCCACCUCAGCUGCGGUUGCAGGGCCGUCGCAGCCUUCUUCCCGGCCUUCUUCUUCGCCAUCUUCGGCUGCGAAAUCUGGGCCGUCGCAGCUAGCCCCUGCUCUAUCCCAACCAGCCCCCGCUCCGUCUAG